ACGAUGCUGAAAAAUGACUGGCUGCAGUGAGGGCAGCAUGGCGCGCUCAUGAGGGAACCGAGCGGGUGUGAUCUGUGUUUAUAACUUAAGAAUAUUAUCAGCGGUUGUACUGAAAUUGACGUGAAGCGGACAGUAGGACAGCAUGGCUCUUUAUACAAAGGCUGCGGAGAUCCUGGAUAAAGUGGAACAGAAGAAGGGAGCUGUGAAAACGUUGGUUUACGACAGUAAAUUCCAGAAUAUUAAACAGCUUUUUGCUCUGGUGUGCGAGACUCAGAAGUAUUCAUCUGUGCUUCAAGAAAUUAUUGAGAGUACCAAAUUUCUGAAGGAGACCAAACUCAAACUCAAUUUAGCAAAGGUGAUGGUCUAUGAUUUGCUUUUCGGUCAAGGGGUUAAAUGUGGAGGGGCUUGGAAGGCCAUGAUGAUGAAGCAUCGCUCCAGACUUCAGGCAGCUUUGGCUCGAAUGAAGGUUAAGCAGAAAGUGAGCAGAAAUGAAGACCUGCUUCCUCCCGGUGUGCAAGAUGCCAAGGCCCGGGGAAUUCCACGUUAUGUUCGUGUAAAUAUGCUGAAAACUACUGUGGAGGAUGUCAUUGACUACCUGAAGAGAGAGGGGUUUUCAUAUCAAGGCAGAGCAAGCCGGAUUGAGGAUUUAUGUCAUCUGUCUGGGAAGGCGUUCAUGGGUGAUGUGCACCUCAGAGAGCUUCUGGUAUUUCCUGCAAAAAUGGAUUUCCAUGAUCAUUACCUGUAUAAAGCAGGCCACAUUAUUCUACAGGACAAAGCCAGCUGUCUACCUGCAUAUCUCCUGGAUCCCCCAGUCGGAGGCAAUGUAAUUGAUGCUUGUGCUGCUCCUGGAAACAAAACCAGCCACCUGGCAGCCAUCAUGAAAAACAAAGGCUUUUUACUGUAUCUAUUCAGAAAGCUGUUUGCCUUCGACCUUGACGUCAAGCGUCUGUCCACCAUGAGCACACUUCUCCUGCGUGCUGGAGUCACAUGUCACAAGCUGGCCAAUCAGGAUUUCCUCAAGGUUGAUCCACUUUCCCCAGAGUACAAGGAGGUGAAGCAUGUUCUUCUCGAUCCGUCAUGCAGCGGAUCAGGAAUGGUGUGUCUGCCUGAUGGAAGCUCAGAGGAGCAGGAUAGUGAACGUCUUCAGGCGUUGGCCGCAUUUCAGCUGCGCUGUCUAGACCAUGCUCUGCAGUUUCCUCAGCUCCAGCGUGUUGUCUACUCUACCUGCUCUAUACACUCCACAGAGAACGAGGAGGUCGUGUCUGCAUGCCUUCAGAAAAACCCUGGUUUCAGAUUAGUGCAUCUGUUUCCUGAGUGGCCUGAGAGGGGUCACGGUCCUCUGACCCAGUGUCUGCGAGCCAGCACUAAAGAAACCCUCACUCACGGGUUCUUUGUAGCAAUGCUGGAAAGGCAGACCACUCCAUGCAGUGGUGAAAGCAUCCACGUCUCCAUGACAUCAUCCAUGGAUUUGGACAUGGGUGAACCUGGUGGUGGUGAUGAGGAGGUGGAGGAUGUGGAGGAUCAAGCACAGCAAGACAGCAGUGAGAUACCUGAGGAACAACCACAGCAAUCUACAACAAAGAAAAAGAAGAGAAACAGAAAGAAACACAAAAAACAAGAAAAUUAAAAUUCUUGGAAUUUUUGAAAUACAGAUUAUUGUGCAGUAUGAUGUGUUUUAAGUCACAUAAAGCCAUGUUGGACAAUG